CGAUCAUUGUGUAAAGUUUAGACAGGAACUGUAUAUAUAGGACACUUUUUGGGUACAUUUGUUUUACAGCAAGAAAAUCUUAGAGGGACUUUUACCUAUGGGAAUGUCUCGCUUACUAUCAAGUAUUUCGGUGCUUUGUCUUUUGAGUGGAAUCGUGCAAGGACAAACACGAUGCAAGGCCGUGUCGGACAUUGUCCUGCUGCUAGACGGCUCCUUCAACAUCACCAACAGCCAGUUUGACCUGCUGCGGAAGUUCGCCUCAGACCUGACCAAGUCAAUGGCUGUUGGACCAACAGACGCGCUGGUCAGUGCUGUUGUCUACAACAACGUGCCGCGGAUCCAGUUCUACCUGAACAAGUUCAACGCUAACGAGCAGCUUGCAGAGGCUUUGCUGAGUGUCACCAGAGUAUCGGCGAACGUGGCCACAUUUCCCCACUUGGCUCUCAAUACGAUUUACUCGAUUGGAGUUGUCGGCCCUGGAAGUCGGAAGUACGCUGCCAAAAUUGCCAUUCUUGUAGCAGCCACUACGUCCUUUAGGGCUAUACAGACUUCCAACUCAAUAGCGCUGUUGAAGAAGAACGGCAUCACCCUGUUGGUGGUAGCCAUAGGCAAGCCGGCAUACGACGAACUCAGUGCUUUUGUUGCCAGUCCACAGGACAUCUUCGCUGUGCCCACUUUUGAUGAUCUCAAGAACAUAAGAAGCCAAGUCGCUCUACGGACUUGUAAAGUCAAUCCGUUUUACGAAGAGAAUGACGGACCGGUGGCUGUAUUAAAGCCGUGCAACACGUUUGCCGACAUCGUCAUCGCCAUCGACUCCUCCAGGGACGUGGGCAUCAACCUGUACAAGAAGGAGCUCCAGCUGGUCUCAGACCUGAUCGCGCCCUUGACCCUGGGGCCGGACAAGGCGCGGUUCCACAUCGUGUUGUACACCAACGUGGUGCAGAAAGUUCUAGACUUUAACACGUAUUCCAGCAUGACGGAGAUCUCAAGGGCCAUCUUGAGCUCACCAUACCUCCAAGGUCCCAAGGUUACCUACCAGGCUUUGAACUAUCCCAUCUUAAGAAAGAUCUUUACACCUGCGCAAGGUUCUCGAAUUGGUUCUAAACACGUUUUUGUCCUGGUGUCUGGGUCUAAAUCGGACAAUAUGCAGCUCGCCGUGAGGUUUGCAGACCGCCUAAAGGCCGACGGAGUUAAAGUGCUGACUGUGGGAUUCUCUAACGCCAACGAGCAAGAGCUCAAGUUUAUCGCCAGCACGCCAGAGGACGCUCUCAUGGUGGAGGACAUGGACACUGUCAAGAAGAUCACCCCCAUGUUGUCUAAAAAAAUUUGCAGCGCUGUAAAUUCUAUUGGAGGUAAUACGGAGACUGAGGUCGGACCAGUUGACGAACAAGAGACUACAGGCGGCAAUACUAAUGCCCCCAAGCCCUGCCGUGUGAAGGCUGACAUCAUCUUCUGUCUCGACUCCUCUGGCAGCAUUGGACGCGUCAACUACGACAAGCAGCUCAGGUUUGCUGCUGAGCUGGCCAGCAGUUUCCAGAUUGGCGCCAAAGACACGUGUUUCGGUGCCGUUCUCUUCAGCUACGUGGCUUCAAAAAUGUUUGACCUCAAAGACAAUUUAAACCAGAAGUCUGUCGCCGAGAGCCUGUUGUCCCUGCCCUACAUGAACAGCACGACAAACACGGACAAAGCUUUGAGCCUGAUUGAAGAGGAGGGGAUGUUUGAAGAUUAUUCCGGGGGUCGGAACGACGCCGCGAAGAUCGUCAUCCUUAUCACAGACGGGCGGUCUAACAACCCCACUAAAACCGCCGAGGCCGCCCAGAGCCUUAAAGACAUGGACGUUGACGUCAUCAGUAUCGGCAUCGGGAGGUUCGAGAGCGCCGAGUUGCAGGCGGUGGCCAGUGAGAAGCAGAACGUCUUCCAGGUGACCAGCUACCAGGUGCUGGACAAGAUCAAAGAGCAGGUGGCGGCUCGCACCUGUCAAGGUGAGACUGCAGGAGGAAGUGAGACUGCUGAAAUAUUGAGAAGGUUGUUACUGUUGUUAUCAUUUGAUGCUUGCUUCUUCUUUAUGGUGUUUGAUCAAAUGUUAAAAAUGAUUCGAUUAUCGCUCCAAGUGCUAAUUUUGGUUAUAAUAAUCAAUCAGUCCACUGGUGCUGUUGUAGAGAAAGUGAACUGCAAUGCUGUUGCUGAUAUUGAGUUCCUGAUGGACGGUUCCUUUAGUAUAAAGAAAAACCAGUUUAUUUUGAUGCGGAGGUUUGUCGCGGAUCUGACCAGGAAAUUUAACAUCGGUCGCGACAAGGUUCAGUUUGGGGCGACGGUUUUCAACGACAUCCCCAGGAAGGUCUUUUCCCUCAAACGUUACGUCAACAACGAUAAUCUCGCUAAGGCGCUGUUAAAUACAAGAAGAAUCAUCAGAAAGCACGUGACGAUGACUCACCUUGCCCUCAAUUUCGUGACGAAGGCGUCACUGUUCGGCGCGGCAGAGGGUGGGAGAAGUCACGCGACUAAGAUCAUUAUUCUUCUCAGUGAUGGGAACUCAUCCAAGAGAGACCUGACUCUCAAGGCAGCGAACCGCUUAAAGAAAAGUGGGAUCAAAAUUUUGACGGUCGCCAUUGGGAAAGCGUCGUACGGCGAACUGCGACAGGUUGCCAGUAGCGACAGGGACGUGUUCACGGCGGCCAACUUUGAGGCUCUGGGAAACAUCAGGAAUCAACUGGCGGAGCGGACCUGUCGAAUUCCUGCUGAAGAAGACAACAAGCCAGUAAUACUUGAGCCUUGCCCAGGUAUUGUCGACAUAGUAGCUGUAGUGGACGGCUCCUCCAGCGUGGGUAGGGAGAACUUCAAGAAACAGCUGGAGUUUGUGGCUGCCCUGACCAAACCUUUCACGUUCGGGGCCUCUAACGGUGCACGUAUUGCUGCCCUUGUCUUCAGUAGUGAAGUCAGGUUUUUGUUUGGCUUGAAUACUUACUCAAGCCAAGCUGAAAUAUCACAGGCUAUUCUCAAGGCUCCAUUCAUUGAAGGCGGAACUAAAACUUACAAGGCCCUGAACUACAUUGCAAACAAGAAAAUAUUCGACCCCUCCAACGGCGGUCGACCAAAUGCAAGGAAAAUUGUUUUCGUACUCACGGAUGGCAAAUCUGACAGCAUGCCAACAACGGUCCAGGCAGCGGACCGCCUGAAGAAGCAGGGUGUGACGAUAAUCGCUGUCGGUGUCAGCAAGUCGAACGUGCAAGAGCUCAAGUUUAUCGCCAGCAGUGGAGAGUACGUGCUCAGGGCAGACAACCACGAGCUGCUCAACAAAAUCAAAAGGGUCGCCUCCCAGCAGAUCUGCGACGCUGUUACUAAGGAUGACGAAGAUGAUGAUGCAGGUGUUGAACACGUAACCCCACCUGAUUAUCCAGAUAACGACGAAAACCCUGCGCCACCUGUCGUGCCGACAAUCCCACCACCACCAAAGCCCUGCCCAGCCAAGGCCGAUAUCCUGUUUGUUCUGGACUCCUCUGGCAGCAUUGGCCCGGUCAACUACCAGAAACAGCGACAGUUCGCCGCGGAGGUGGCCAGCAACUUCCCCUUUGGGGAGGACGGCGCCCGUUUCGCUUGUAUCAUCUUCAGCUACCUGGCCGAAAAAAUGUUUGACUUCCAAGACAAACUCGACUCCAAGUCUGUCACAGAGAGUUUACUGUCUCUACCGUACAUGAACAGCACCACCAACACAGAUAAGGCACUGCGACUUGUGCUAGAGGAAGAGAUGUUUGAGGAGGGUUCUGGGGGGAGGGACGAUGCCAGCAAACUGAUCGUCUUCAUGACCGACGGCAGGUCUAGGAACACCACAGCCACAAUUGAAGCGGCCCAACAGAUAAAAGACGACGGGAUCGCCAUUAUCUCUAUCGGCAUCGGCCAGGCAGUGAAGGAAGAACUGGAGGGUGUGGCCAGUGACAAGAGGAACGUCUUCCAGGUGGCCAGCUUUGAGGCUUUAAGCAAGAUCAAGCAGGAGGUGGCCAAUCGCGCGUGUCAAGUCCACAAGGAGCCACGACGGGCUAAAGCGUCCGACAACUCGGAUGAGUAAACUACAAAAGUCGUCAUAUGUCUGUUUAAUCAAAUACAACGGUAGAGCUGAUCAUUUAAACAAAUUCAACAAAUUAUACAAGUGUUUAUUCUUAAAAUAAAACUUAACUGAAUAAAUAUAUAUUCUUCUGA